AUGAAGAAGAAGACUGUGCUGGCAUUGUUUGGUAUAGUGCUAGGGUACCUGGUUACAGGAGCGGUGGUCUUCCAGAAGCUUGAACAACCCUUUGAGGCUAUGCAGCAGAGCCUACUCAAAAGACAACGAGAUGAGUUCCUUGCAGAACACUCCUGUGUUAGAGAGGAAUCCCUGGAAACCUUUGUGUUGCAGGUGAAAGAAGCCCUGGGUUCUGGAGCUGAUAUUGCAGUAAAUGGCACCAACGUUACCUCGCAGUGGGACAUUGGGAGUUGCUUCUUCUUUGCGGGAACCGUCAUCACCACAAUUGGUUUUGGUAAUAAUGCCCCAAAGACAGAAGGCGGACGGAUUUUUUGUAUUUUUUAUGCACUAAUUGGCAUUCCACUGUUUGGCAUCCUGCUGGCAGGUGUUGGUGACCAUUUAGGAUCUUCUCUUCGGAAAGGAAUCGGAAAAGUGGAGAUGAUAUUCUUGAAAUGGCGUGUCUCUGCUACCAUUGUACGGGUCAUCUCAGCAGUGCUCUUCCUCCUCAUUGGUUGUGUCCUCUUCGUUCUUAUACCAACUUUAAUCUUCCAGGAAAUUGAGCAAUGGACCUUGUUGGAGUCCAUCUAUUUUGUAGUCAUCACACUUACUACUAUUGGAUUUGGAGACUAUGUAGCAGGAGAUAGUGCUGGUAAGGAGCACACGUGGUACAAACCGUUGGUCUGGUUCUGGAUUUUGCUCGGUCUUGCCUACUUUGCUUCUAUCUUGACAAUGAUUGGGAACUGGCUGAGAGUUUUGUCCAGAAAAACACGGGCAGAGGUAAAUAUAUUAUAUUUUAUCUAUAAAAGUGUUUUUGGAAAUCCAUGUAUUUGUAAUAAAAGCAAAUAUGCACAUGUUUAUCUGUACAAUAGGAGCCAAAGAAGCAAUGCUCUUGACAUUGUGCGGUUGAUUUACUAA